CCCAGCAGGACGAUGGUUCUAGCUAGAGGGGAUACAGCACCGGCUAAAUCUUGCAAGAUGUUGGGUUUAGGGUUAGGUUUGGGGGUAGGAUUAGGAUAAAAAACAGCGCUCUUGCAACAAUAUUUCAAGAGAUAUUUUCAAGAGGCAAUAGCUGUAUCCCUUCUAGCAACAAUCCAGGACCAUGUGACACUUGUUGUUGUAACAGCAUCCUUAGCAACAGCUGGUCAGUACUGUGACAGAAGCAUUUAUUUCCCAAAAUUCCUGGGAGGUCUUUACCUGGACAGAAUGCGAUCUAAUACAGAGUUCGAAUUGAAGUCUUCUGAAUUGGACAGGAUUUCAUUUCUAGCUCAACCCAAGCACUCCAAGAUGGUUUGGUUCACAAGGCCGUGGAUGCUGACAUGGGGAAAUCAAGAGUCAAUACGGCCUCUGUCCCAUUCUGCACUGCGAGCCAAUCCAAGCCCCAGAAUAAAAGCUCUGGCCCAGCACAAAAAAGAUUUCUCCUGCCUUCAGACUGAGCUUGGGAAAGAGGAAGAGGGGAGAAUGAUGAAAAAGAUGCUACAUCCAUCUCAUACAUUACAGUACGAGCACAUAAUCCGUCUGGCCACUCCCAAACCCAGAGGUCGAAUCUCGCAGGAAAUGGGUUCUCCACAUUCAGAGCUGUGCGAGUAUAAUUGUCCCAUCUGGCAUGUGAAGCCCUGCGUGAGGAACAUCUCACAUCGACUUCUUCAGCUGGCCCUCCCUAAAUCCAUCCACCCCGACUUCACUAGCGAUAGACAGAGCAUACAGACGUCCAUCUCAUGUUCUGCUAAAACAGCCAAGAUGACCCCACGACUUGAGCAGCUCUCACUGCCCAAAUUGAGAGAAAACAGACACUUCUACGACCUUGGAGAACCAGAGAGCCCGAUCCGACCGGUUUCCAGAGAAGCCCGAAACGCAACAGCAAGUGCUCGUGUUCGAAGUCUGUCUUCUCCCAAACCCCUCUCUAAAGACUACAUCCAUCCAAGAGAACCAGCUUGGAGAACCUGAGGAGACGACAGAACUGGAUUUUUUUUUCAUUUCACUCUGGUUUUGUAAUCAUUGUCUGGGGCUUUGUUUCAAAACUUUGACUGAACUGAAAGUAUUACAUGAUGAGUCUCAGCCUGCUGCCAACCCGCUGGCUGCUGAAGAAGGGCUUUGUGUUUUAAUGCUCCUGUGGAUUCAGACUCUCUGCUGUCCAACCAUCAGGUUUCAGUGUAAAACACUGUGGGCGAAUCUCAGAUCAUCAGCAUCUGUUGUACAGAUGAUUGUUUUGAAUGGGUUUUGCUUUUUUUUAAAUUAUGUUUCUGUUUUUGUGUAAAUAUAUAAUUUUCCAUGUCAAAUGUAAAUGCAUGUCUAGUGUAAUAUGACACCUGUUAUUUAUCACAUUAAUGGACUACUGAUAAUCAAAGAAAAAAGAUAUGGUUUUAUUUAGAUUAUAAUCUAUUCACGAGUACAGUAACAUUUGCAAUGAUAACAUAUAUUCUAUUCUAUAUAAUGUGUAUUUAAUUUUUCUGUGGUUUCUUUUCUUCUUCUUUAAUGUAAAGCUGCUUUGAAGCAAUGCAACAUUGUAAAAGAGCAUUAGUCUACAUAAAUAAAUUUGACUUGACUAUUCUCAUCUCCAGUAAA